AAUUUUUUUUAUAUUUGCUUUUAGCAGUAGGCGCUUCAAAUGUAAUACAGAGUGAUAUGGAUUUCAAUUUCAAAAAUAAAUUAUAUAAUUAACUAAAAUUACAAUGUGCUUGAAUGCGAACCAAAAGCCUUGUUGCGUCACAAUAGCUUUGCUUGCGAUUUUGGUCGGUAUUAUAGAGUUCUCUUACGACUGCAUUCAUUUAGCCUUGUAUGGAAUGAACAAAUGGUUGGUGGGAGCAUUGAUCGCAUGGAUUCCCAUUUUUAUUGCUGCUGUUUUUCUGAUUAUAGGGACACUCAGGGAAAUACCCAUUCUUUUGCUUAUUUGGGUAAUAGUGUCACUGAUUUGCGGAGUGGCUUUGAUAAUUAUAAAGAUCGGAUUGAUGAUAUACUUACCUAGGCUUGGUUUACAUGUAGAUAUUGUGGUUGCCAUUUUGAAUGUCAUAUUUUUAUUGCUCGUCUUCGUUUGGGCCGCCUACCCUUAUGCAUACAUGCGUGAACUAAAGGGACAAAAAAUUAUUUAAAAUGAUCAUUUAUGGCAUUUGGUAAACAAACUAAUAUAGUCAAAUUAGCUGCACCUAUUAUCAAAAAAAGGUAGUGCCAAAAGUUAGUCGUUCCAUUCUAGACUGAAGUGGAUUGGUGCGAAUGAGAUGGCUUUUACUGAAAAUCAACAAGCAAACUUUGCGAUAUUCCGACUGUGUUGCAUGACUUCGGUUUUUUAUUAAACAAAUAGCAGCCAGUGACCAGGGUAUGCGAAUUUGCAUAAAAUAACAGAGGCAAUAACAAUGGGUGACAACAAAUCAAAUGCAAAUGGUAAACCGACCGCAAAUAGAAAGUGAAAAUCAAAUACAAAACGCUACCGUUUAUUUCUGUGCUUUCGUA